CCGAAGUUGGGGGGGGUGGGGCGCCGAGCGCGCGGGGUGGGGGGGGUCCUGGUCUUUGGCUUCUCGACUCGGUCCUGUUUCGACAGCGAACAUGUCUCGGCCUGUCAGAAAUAGAAAGGUGGUUGAUUAUUCACAGUUUCAGGAAUCUGAUGAUGCUGAUGAAGAUUAUGGAAGAGAUUCAGGGCCUCCAGCUAAGAAAAUUCGGUCAUCUCCCCGAGAAGCUAAAAACAAGAGGCGAUCUGGAAAGAAUUCACAGGAAGAUAGUGAGGACUCCGAAGAAAAAGAUGUGAAGACCAAGAAGGAUGAUUCUCACUCAGCAGAGGACAGUGAAGAUGAAAAAGAAGAUCAUAAAAAUGUGCGCCAGCAACGGCAGGCAGCCUCUAAAGCAGCUUCCAAACAGAGAGAGAUGCUCAUGGAGGACGUGGGCAGCGAAGAAGAACAAGAAGAGGAAGAUGAGGCGCCGUUCCAAGAAAAAGAUUCCGGCAGCGAUGAAGAUUUCCUCAUGGAAGAUGAUGAUGAUAGUGACUAUGGCAGUUCAAAAAAGAAAAACAAAAAGAUGGUUAAGAAGUCCAAACCUGAGAGAAAAGAAAAGAAAAUGCCCAAACCCAGGCUAAAGGCUACAGUGACUCCAAGCCCUGUGAAAGGCAAAGGGAAGGUGGGUCGCCCCACAGCUUCCAAGGCAUCAAAGGAAAAGACUCCUUCUCCCAAAGAAGAAGACGAGGAACCAGAAAGCCCUCCAGAAAAGAAACCCUCUGCCAGCCCUCCACCUGAGAAAUCUGGGGAUGAAGGGUCUGAAGAUGAAGCCCAGUCUGGGGAGGAUUAAAAAAGUGAUGAUGGUCUGGGGAGAGAUUUUAUUAAAAAAAAAGAGAAAAAAAAAAAGAAAAAAGAAAAAGGGGGGAAAAAAAACUUACUUAAGAUAGAACAUGGUUUUGGCUAUGGCUUGACUCAUGGGCUUUCAAUGCUUUUUCCCUUUUCUUGAAAAUAACAUUCUCUGUCUUUCUCUUUCUCUCUCUCUCUCUCUCUCUUUUUUCCAAGAAAACCAUUGUAUGUUUAAUUUACUUUUUUGUCUUUUGGUCUUUUCUUUGCCGUCACCCCUCUUUCCCACCCCUUCCCAAUGAAAGCCAUGUCAAAGUAAUCACUGGAUUGACUGCUUCAUCUUUUUAUUUUUAAUGGAAGGUGUGCCACAGUUGUAAAGCAAUAAGAUUUGAGGUGAACGCUAUGGAAAUUUUGCUUUUUGCUAAACGGUAGCAAGUUGAACCCUAAUCAAAAAACAUAGAAGGGGUUUAGUUAAAAAUGAUUGCUUCUUUCUCUACCUGGACUUAAAAAAAUCAGUUGUCAUCUAAUACAAGUUUAUAUGUCUAUAUACACAAGUAUAGAUGUCUACAAAAAAUCAUGAUGUUACACUUCCACUGAUGGGGCAGGUAGGAGAUAAAGCUGAACGCUGAAUUCUGAAUUGUUACUAAAAGUAUUCAUAUUUUUUACCGAGGGAGCAGGGCAGGGAAUGGGGUCACCUGACCUUGUGUGAGGGGGUGGGUUUGUUUUGUUUUGUUUUGUUUUUUAAUUCCGUCACCUGUUAUCUCAAAGAGACCGGGAGCCAGUGAUCCUUUUACCCUGCUACAGUCUUUCAGGAACUUUAAAAAAAAAAAAAAAAAAAAAAAAGCAAACAAAAAAACACAAGGGCCACCAAAACUUAAGUCACUCUUGAUUUCCUAUUUCAUUCUCUAGUGGUUCAUGUUUUUAAAUAUAUAUGUAUCUAUUCUGUUUCUUGGAUAAAAUUUUACCAAGGAUCAAAAAAACCCCACAAAAAACAAAAACAAACCUAGAAUUUAAAUGGCAAGAUCUAUACACCAGAGUGGAUUUCUUCUUAACUGACAAUGUUUAGGUUUUAAGCAAAUAAAGUACCAAUUAAUGUGAAACUCAA